GCUCCAAGCACGGAAUGCGGUGAUCACGUGGUCUUCCGUGACAGCUAGCAAACAUGGCGACACCCGUGGCAGCGAAGUGGUCAUGUAAUUCAGCUUGGCCCGCGUUGCUGCGUAGGGGGUCAUGUCGGCGGAUGUGGACGACGUGGAUGUCGUCCUCGUCCUCCUCCUCCUCCUCCUCUUCCUUCUCCUGCCCCCGGCACCUCCACCACCUCCACCCCCAGCUCCUCCAGCCUCCUCUGCUGGCCACAGCUGGCCCCCUGGGCCCCCCGCGCCGACACUUCUUCUGGAGGAGGUGGCGCAGCAGCUCGCACAAUGUGGUGCGCCCCGCUGUGGUGCGACCGGCCUACGCCGUGCCCAAGCACAUCCAGAGGCCAGACUACGUGGGCCGCAGUAAAGUGCCCGAGUGGGACGACUACAUCGAGAUUAAAGACGAAGAGCAGAUCGAGGGCCUGAGGAGGGCCUGCCAACUCGCACGACGCAUACUGCUGCUCGCCGGGAAGAGCUUAAAGGUUGGCAUGACGACGGAUGAGAUCGACUUUAUAGUGCACCAGGAGACGAUCCGCCACAACGCCUACCCAUCCCCCCUCCACUACGGGGGCUUCCCCAAGUCCGUCUGUACCUCCGUCAACAACGUGGUGUGUCACGGCAUACCAGACAGCCGGCGGCUUCAGGACGGCGACAUCAUCAAUAUCGAUGUGACUGUUUACCUGGAGGGUUACCAUGGUGACACUUCGGAGACGUUUCUGAUUGGCUGUGUGGACGAGGGUGGCCGGAAGCUGGUGGAGGUGGCCAGGAGAUGUCGUGAUGAAGCCAUCGCGGCCUGCAGACCCGGCCAGCCCCUCUGCGUCAUCGGCAACACCAUCAGUAAAGUUGCCAAUUCCCAUGGGUUCCGUGUGUGUCCCUACUUCAUCGGUCAUGGAAUAGGAUCUUACUUCCACGGACAUCCAGAGAUAUGGCACCAUGCAAAUGACAACGACUUAGAGAUGGAAGAGGGCAUGGCCUUUACUAUAGAACCCAUCCUGAUGGAGGGAUCCUCAGAGUUCAACAUUCUCAGGGACAAGUGGACCGCAGUCUCAGCAGACGACAAAAGAUCAGCCCAGUUUGAACACACUGUCGUUAUCACUGCUGAUGGAGUUGAAAUUCUCACCAAGCUUCCAGAAGAGGACUGAUGUCUGUCUGUCCAUGUGCGUGAGUGUGUGUGUGUGCGCGCGCAUGUGUAUGUGUGUGUGUGUGUGUGUGUGUCUGUGUCUGUGUCUGUGUGUCAGUGUGUGUGUGUGCGCACGCGCACAUGCGUUUCUGAGUGUGUGUGCCUGUGUGACUGCGUGUGUGUGUGUGUGUGUCAGUACCAUUUCAGAAAUGUGUGCACGUUUGUACAGUGUGUCUUGGUUUUCUUAUUGAACACUGUGGAGACAAUGUAACACUAAAUUACACCUGUCAUUGUAAGAUUGUGUUAUGUGAGAAUGUGUUAUUUAAGUAAAGAUUUUCUUUCUUUAUUCA